CGUUUCACCGGUGCGUUCACGGCCGGAGGAGGGAGGGGAGCUGUGGUUGGUCUUAAGGGAAUGGGUCCAAGGGGGAAAGGGAUGUUUCAUCUAAGUGAAAUGUGGUGCUAUCACUGGAAAUGGAAGCUGCAGCACUGUCUUUGCUUGUUUACUACAUACAUUGUAUGCAUGCAGCAAACAGCUUAUGGAUGCUAUGACUGCAGGACGGUGCUAACUGAUCCCUCUGGAGUUUUCACUUCUCCAUGCUUCCCCAGUGAUUAUCCAAACAGUCAAGCAUGCAAGUGGAUCAUCCGAGCACCUCAUGGGUUCAUCAUACAGCUAACAUUCAUUGAUUUUGACAUCGAGGAGGCUCCAGGUUGCAUUUAUGAUUCACUGACAUUAGACAAUGGGGAAAGCCCAAUGAACCUUUGUGGCAUCACUGCCAAAGGAUUAUCUUAUAACUCUACCGGAAAUGAAAUGAUUGUGUCAUUUAAAAGUGACUUCAGUAUCCAAAAGAAAGGGUUUAAUGCCAGCUAUGUACGAAUUGCUGUAUCUCUGAGGAAUCAGAAAGUCAUCAUUCCCCAGGUUCCUGAUGUCGAUGCUGUGUCCCUGUCAGAGACUGUCUCAGUGCCAGAGCUUAGCCAGUUUACGCUAUGCUUUGAAGCAACCAAGGGCAGCGGUGAUGACAACGACGACUGGAAAGUUUUCUCCUACACUGAUACCUUUUCAACAGAAUUCUUCAGCUUUGGGAAGACCACAAAAGGCCAUUUUCUGUCCAUCUCAGGCAAGCAGUGCAUCCUUGAGAACGCCUUGCCUCGAAAUGCAGAGUUUUUCACAGAAGUCUUUCAACAGCUCUGUGUUGUAGGGGACAGCUUCUCAGGCACUAUAGGUGUAUAUGCCAAAAGCACCUAUCAUGUAGAAUACUGUCCAGAUAUCUUUGGCAAAGUUAUCCCGGGAAAUGGGAGGCUGGUGCUGGGCUCUAAUAGCAAUGAAGUGAGCUCUCUAAAUGGGGACAUUUACAACUUCCGCCUCUGGAAUUUCACCAUGAAUUCACAAACACUGGCCAACCUCAGCUGCGAUGUGAAAGGAAACAUUGUAGACUGGGAAAACGAAUUCUGGAGUAUUCCAACUUCAGCACUGAAAGCAGAAAACAAUUUGAGUUGUGGCUCAUACUUAAUUCCCUCUUCUGCAAUUGAACCAACCAGUUGUGCAAACCUGGGAAGCCUUUGCCAAGCUACUGUAAAUGCUACUACUCCUACACCACCCACUGUCACCACUAACAUGCCUGAUACUAACAGAAACGAUAAGCCAAACAAUGGUGGGCUAUUCUACAGGAUAUCUAUAACUGUUUUUAGUACCAACUCCAACUCCGUGUCGAAAGUACACGAUGUGGUUGCAGAAUGGCUAAAUCGUACAUUCCAGAACUGGAAUUACACGGUGUAUGUGGUCAAUAUCAGCAUCCACCCUGGCUCCAUGAAAGAGGGAGCAAGAGAAAAAAGAAGUAUUAAAAGUUUUGAGGUUUUGGCUCUUCUGGUUUAUAAUUCUACCAACAAUAUCAAUUUAGAAGAGGAAGACAUCCGACAGAAGCUCAUAAAUAAUAAUGGAACCAUAGAAGGAGGGUAUAGGCUUCAUACUGUGAAUGUCGAUCCAGUUGAAAAAUGUUUAGCUGAAGAAAACCCUCCAAACUAUUUUUGGCCAGAUACCAGACCAACUGUGACCAAUUUCACAUUAUGCCAUGGGAGCUCAGUUCAGACUGCAUCCAGAACCUGCUAUUUGGGUCUGCAUAAUUACACAUCAUACUGGGGGCAGCCUGAUCUUAGAAAUUGCACAGAAAACGCAGCUGACAUUGCCAAUCAGCUUCUGAAUCUCACCAGUGAAGGGCAGCAGCUAACUUCAGACAAAGUAAACGAUGUUGUGCAGAAGCUAAAAAAAAUUGUGAACGAUGAAGAAAUUGACGAAUCGCUGGGUUCUACUGUGGUGACAAUAUUUUCCAAUAUUCUAAACAGUUCAGACAGUGUAUUGGCAGCAUCAUCCUCAGAAGCUCUAAAAACUAUUGAUGCCUUAGCUUUAAAGAUCCAGUUCACUGGACCAUCCAUGAGUAUUUCAACACGAAAUCUUGCACUUGGAGUGUCUUCUAUAAACUCAGCUUCAUUCAGAGGUGGUUCUUUCAGUGUCAGUCCACAGAAUAAUGCAUCUGAUUUUCAGAUAGAUUUUGACAAGGAUCAUACAAAUGCCUUGGCUUCUGUUGUUCUGCCACCAAGUUUACUGAGGAAUUUAAGUCAAGAAGAGUUUGAAAUUAUAUCCAGGGCUCAGUUUACUUUCUUCAAUAAAAAUGGUCUUUUUCAGGAUGCAGAAAAUCCUGCCAAUUUGACCAGUUUUGUGGUGGCAUGCAGCAUUGGAAACAUAACCAUUCAGGAUCUUCAGGAUUAUGUGAAGGUUACAAUUAAACAUACCAAAAUACAGGAAGAUCCUAAGCCUACCUGUGUCUUCUGGGAUAUGAACAAAAAUGGUGGCAAUGGUGGCUGGAACCCUGAGGGCUGCCAAGUGAGCACAGAGUCCAAUGAAAAUGAGACAGUUUGCUUAUGCAACCACCUCACACACUUCGGGGUCCUAAUGGACCUUCAGAGAGCUGCUACAGAAAUUGACCCACAUAAUACCAAGGUCCUCACUUUUAUCACUUACAUAGGCUGUGGGAUAUCUGCUAUAUUUUCAGCUGCAACUCUUCUGACGUAUAUUGCAUUUGAGAAGCUGCGAAGAGAUUAUCCGUCCAAAAUCCUGAUGAAUCUGAGCACAGCCUUGUUCUUCCUUAACUUGAUCUUCUUGCUUGAUGGUUGGAUUGCAUCAUUUAACAUAGAUGGCCUCUGCAUAGCUGUAGCUGCACUUUUGCACUAUUUUCUUCUGGCCACCUUUACAUGGAUGGGACUGGAAGCUGUUCAUAUGUACAUUGCUCUUGUGAAAGUGUUCAACACGUACAUCCGGCGAUACAUACUGAAGUUUUGCAUCAUUGGCUGGGGUUUGCCAGCUCUGGUGAUAGCAAUUGUUUUAGCAAGUGCUAAUACAGAUGCAAGCCAUAUUUAUGGCAAAGAUUCAUAUGGCAGAGAUUCUAACGGGCAAGGAGGAGAUGACUUCUGCUGGAUCAAGAAUAAAGUUGUCUUUUACGUGACUUAUGCCGGAUACUUUGGAGUGAUAUUUCUGAUCAAUGUUGCCAUGUUUAUUGUGGUGAUGGUGCAAAUAUGUGGGAGGAAUGGGAAAAGAACUAAUCGGAGCCUGAAGGAAGAGAUUCUGAGGAACCUCCGUAGCAUGGUCAGCCUGACCUUCCUCCUGGGCAUGACUUGGGGCUUUGCCUUUUUUGCCUGGGGUCCCUUAACUAUUCCUUUCAUGUAUCUCUUCUCAAUUUUCAAUUCACUGCAAGGUUUGUUUAUAUUUGUAUUCCAUUGUGCUAUGAAAGAAAACGUUCAGAAACAGUGGAGGAGACAUCUCUGUUGUGGCAGAUUCCGACUGGCAGAUAAUUCAGACUGGAGCAAAACAGCAACCAAUAUUAUAAAGAAGAGUUCCGAUAAUCUUGGGAAAUCCUUGUCCUCUAGUUCUAUCGGCUCCAAUUCAACCUACUUAACAUCCAAAUCAAAGUCUACAACAAACACAUAUUGCAAACGAAACAGCCACACAGAGAAUGUUUUUCUUGACAAGCCAUCUUCAAAUUUUGCUCAAGAGGAUGGAGAACAGACAUCAAUCAUCCCUGUCCACAAUGUUACUGACAAGGUUAAGAGAUACUGCAAUCCUCACUCUGACAACUUCUAUGAAAAUAUCAUCAUGUCUGACACGUUUAGUCUCAGCACAAAGUUCUAACUGUGCUUCUGAAUUUUUUAAAGCAAAGUCUGCCUGGAGUUGGGAAUACUGAAUGUCAUAGAAUGUGUUUACUUAUUUUUCCUAGUUUUUAAUGUUCAUCUGUUAACAGCUUCCACUCAAGGACCAAUUUCUCUACCUUUGUAACAUUGUGGGAAAAGACAAUUUUCCACUGUGGUAUUGAGCUGUUUUUAAAUGCAUGCCUGCCAACAGCUAAUUGCAAUCCUGUGUAAAUAGACCCAACAGCCUAAAUUAUAUAGUUCAAACAGAAGCAAGUCUUGAUUCCUGGAGAAAAUAGUAGACACACCACACAGUAUAGGCAAGCUCAUAUUGAACAGUUUACUGAUGGUCUUUUUCAUUUGAAAAACAGGGAUUUUCCCUACAACACUUGUUAGAUUCUUGCUUCUUGACUGUCUAUUGCUGUCUGUUUGUUUUUUUUUCAUAAGUGGAUAAAACCCUGAUAGCAGCAUUAAAAGGGUUAUUUUAAACCAUAUCUCACUAAAUAGACCUAAUCACACAAAUCAUGCUUACCAAAACAGUAUGUGCUCUAAAUUCAGGCUACUUUGUAUCCAUGUACAUAGCAACACACUUAGUACAUAGAUGUACUGGCUGAGAAGGGCAUGCAGGUUGCUAAUAACUCUUGCAAAUAUUAAGCCUGUUGGUGUAUAUGGAGGCAGGCAGUGGCAUGGAUCUUUUGCAUUUGUGCAGAACAGGUAAAUCCAAAGUUUACACAAAGUCAUGUUUCAACAGUAAUCGACUGGCAUGUAUGAAAUGUGGCAUCUCCCAUCACAGUCCUAGAUUUAAUGUUCUUUUUCACUGCACAAAAUAAGACAUUCAACUAGAUACAGAUAUAUAAAUAUAUAUCUAGAUCUCUCUCCACAUAUAUUUGUAUAAUCACAUAAUAAAUGUGACAGAGGAAACCACCAUGUGUAGCACAGACAAUCUAAGUACAAUGAACGGUGCUAAAACUUAAGUAUUUAAAUGCAAGGUGAAUGCUUUGUAAACCCAUGGGUUCUUUUGUCAGUCUUUGUACUUCAGAUAUACUGUAUGUAUGAACACUUCCAUCAGAUGGCAUUGCAACAUUACAAUAACCUGGAAUACAGUUAGCAGUAAUAAAUAAAUAACAUCUUUCCAGGCAUAUAACAUUAUCAGUAUCGC